AUGGUUUCCUUGAAUCGUCAACAAAGUAAGAAAAUCUCAAAUCUCAAACAAAAUUACAACAAGAAACGCUUCAAAAAAGAAGACGAUGCUGAUUAUAUGCCAUCUGAAGCCUCUGAUGAAGAUUCUCUAGAGGAAACAAUAAAUAAUGAUACGAAAGAAGGUUCUUCAUCUAAUGACAAUUAUUCAGACAUAGACAAUAUCAUAGCUAAUGAGAGAGAUGUUACAAUGUUCAUAUACGACAUUUCAACUGGCAUUUUGACUAAUGUUGUGCAAAUGUCUAAUUUAAAAACAUACACUAAAAACGGAGAACCUGCGGAACAAAGAAAUUUCGUGAUAAAUAAUCUAUCUCAAAAUGCUGUGAAAAGACGAACGACUGGUGAUCUAAGCGGAUCUAGAAGAUCUAAGACUGUUGUUUACUUUCUCAAAGACGAAGAUGGGGCAAAACAAAAUGUGUGCAAAGCAUUUUUCAUAGAAACACUUGGAAAUAAAACAAAAAACGACCGAUUUGUUAGGGAUGUAUUGAACAAGUCAAAAAAUGCUGGCCUUACUCCGAACCCAAACAAACGAGGUAAAAAGGAGAAGGUGAAAAUUGACAGGGAUAUAAUUAUAAACCAUAUCGAGUCAUUCCAGCUGACUAACGCACAUUAUAGAAGGGAGCAUGCCCCCAAGAGAAGAUACUUACCGAGUGGUAUUACCAUUCACCAAAUGCAUGACAAUUUUAAGACUAAACAUUCACACAUCCAGUGUUCACACUAUCUGUACAGAGAAGUAGUCAUCAUGCUUCCGAGAAUUGAGAUGUUCAAAGAAGCAAUUUUUACACCGCGUAUCAUCGCUUUUAAUGAGAGUUUUGUACCAGUUGGGAAAAAGCAGUCAGGCCCAACAGCAGUUCUUUGGCAUGAAGCUGUAAGUGGACGUUCCAAGGAAGACCAGAUAAGUACAUUUUAUGCUUUUCUCCUCUCCGCACGAGACAAAAAGAACAUUGUGUUGUGGCUUGAUAACUGCUUCUCGCAAAAUGAAAAUUGGAGUUUAUUCACAUUUUUUAUUUACAUUGUGAAUUCUAACGAAGUUUUGCUAGAUAAACUCGUAGUAAAAUACUUUGAGCCGGGCCACACGUUCAUGUCUGCAGAUUCAUUUCACCACAAUGUUGAAAAAUCCUUUGAAACGAGCUGGAAAGGUUUAUGA